GGUCCUGCCUCUGCGGCCGGCGCGGGGUCCCCGGACGCCGGGACUGGCUCGCUGCCGUGGCCGGGAUGGUGCAGUUGUAUAAUCUGCACCCGUUCGGGUCGCAGCAGGUGGUGCCCUGCAAGCUGGAGCCCGAAAGGUUCUGCGGCGGGGGCCCCGACGCGCUGUUCGUGGCAGCGGGCUGCAAGGUGGAGGCGUUCGCUGUGGCGGGACAGGAGCUGUGCCAGCCGAGGUGCGCCUUCUCCACGCUGGGCCGGGUGCUGCGCCUGGUCUACAGCGAGGCGGGAGACUAUUUGGUAGCAAUUGAAGAGAAAAACCAAGCCACAUUUCUACGUGCUUAUGUGAACUGGAGAAGUAAAAGGACUGAAAAUUCUCGAGUGUGCAUCCGAAUGGUUGGACAUAAUGUGGAGGCACCUUUUCGAGAAACCUUCAGAGACCAGAUGUCUAUUGUUGAAAUGCCGCUUUCUGAGACCCCCUUGUGCAUUUCCUGUUGUCCUGUGAAAGGAGACCUUCUUGUUGGCUGCACAAAUAAGUUAGUCUUAUUUAGUCUGAAGUAUCAGAUCAUUAAUGAAGAAUUCCCAGUAUUGGACUUUGAGCGUUCUUUAAUUAUACACAUACAUAAUAUAACUCCUGUUGAAAUUUCUUUCUGUGUUGGAUAUGUGGCUGUCAUGUCAGACUUAGAAGUUUUAAUCCUAAAGCUGGAGUCAAACCCUAAAAAUGGAGAGAGUGUUCAUCACCAUCCACAUAAGCCCAACAGUCCAGUGACACAGGCAGAAGGCACCAGUAAUGAAACUUUGCAACUUGAGUCAGAGGAUUUUGUGAUCUGCCAGAAGCCCAUGGAACUUCUUGGUCAAAAUAGUGAACAGUCUGGAGUAUCUGUUACCCUGGAAUCAACGGGAUUAGAUGAUGAAAAAAUAAAAUAUUUCCAUGUUCAGCAUCUGCUCUAUAGACGUUUUGCUCCUGAUAUUUCGUCCUAUGUCUUGUCUGAUGACAUUAAGUUGCAUUCACUUCAGCUGCUACCCAUUUACCAAACAGAUUCUCUUACUUCUGAGAGAAAAAAUUUGUCUCAGGAAAAGGAGUUGCUGAGUCUCUUUUGUUUUUUCUCAUUGCCUCAUGUGGGCUAUCUCUACCUGGUGGUCAAAUCGGUUGAAUUAAUGUCAGUUUACCAAUAUCCCGAGAAGUCUCAACAGGCAGUACUCACGCCACAAUUUUUGCAUGUCAUCACAAGUAACAACCUGCAGUGUUUCACAGUGCGGUGCAGUGCGGCAGCAGCUCGUGAGGAGGACCCAUACGUGGACUCCACCCUGAAGGCUUGCCCACCUGUCAGUAUGGAUGUCUGUGCUUUAAGAAUACAGCUUUUCAUAGGCUUGAAAGCCAUCUGUCACUUUAAAAACCACAUCGUACUUCUGACCAAGGCAGACCCUGAGGCCAUUCCAGAGAGAAGAGAGGCACCAAGGAGGCUUCUUUCUAGAAAAGAUACCAGUGUAAAGCUCAAAACACCUCCUGUAGCCGAGGCUGGGUGGAAUUUGUAUAUUGUGAAUACAAUCUCACCAGUGCAACUGUAUAAAGAAAUGGUAGACUACAGUAAUACCUACAAGACUGCAAAAACCCAGAGCUGCAUCCACCUUCUUAGUGAGGCCCAUCUGUUAGUGAGAGCUGCCCUGAUGGAUGCCAGUCAGCUGGAACCUGGAGAAAAAGCAGAACUUUUAGAAGCAUUUAAAGAAAGCUGUGGGCACCUUGGAGACUGUUACAGCAGGCUUGACACCCAGUAUUCCCACCUCGCCUUGCCCUACUAUAAGAUGUCUGGUUUGUCUAUGGCUGAAGUUUUGGCUCGAGUGGACUGGGCAGUCGAGGAUGGAUCACAGAAAUAUGAGAGGGGGUUAAUCUUUUACAUUAGUCAUUCACUUUAUGAGAACCUGGAUGAAGAAUUAAGUGAAGAAUUAGCAGUAAAAGUGGUUCAGAUGUUUCAUGUGGCUGAGCCAAAGCAGCUGCCCCAUAUCCUCUGUAGUCCUUCUAUGAAGAAUAUUAACCCUCUAACUGCCAUGAGCUAUCUAAGGAAACUGGAUACAUCCGGGUUUUCAUCAAUCUUAGUGACAUUGACCAAGGCAGCAAUGGCUCUGAAAAUGGGAGAUCUUGACAUGUACAGAAAAGAAGUGAAAAGCCAUUCAGAGAUGAAAUUAGUAUGUGGCUUUAUUCUUGAACCUCGGCUAUUGAUUCAACAGAAGAAGGGACAGAUGGUUCCAACUGAGCUUGCAGUUCACUUGAAAGAGACCCAGCCUGGGUUGCUUGUGGCUUCAAUCCUGGGGUUGCAGAAGAACAACAAGAUUGGGAUUGAAGAAUCAGAUUCCUUCUUUAAGGUGCUCUGUGGUAAGGAUGGAGAUAUGAUUCCUCAGCUCUUAAUAGACUUUUGGGAAGCUCAGCUGAUAGCAUGUCUCCCAGAUGUGCUACUGCAGGAACUCUUUUUCAAGCUCACAUCACAAUACAUCUGGAGAUUAUCAAAGAAGCAGCCCCCUGACACCAUACCAUUGCGAACAUCAAAGGAUCUGAUAAACGCCUGUAGCCAUUAUGGCUUAAUCUAUCCAUGGGUUAAUGUCUUAAUAACAUCUGAUUCCUUAGCUGACAAAAAUUAUACAGAAGAUCUCUCCAAAUUACAGUCUCUUAUAUGUGGUCCUUCAUUUGACAUAGCUUCCAUUGUUCCAUUCUUGGAGCCUCUCUCAGAAGACACUGUUGCUGGCCUCAGUGUCCAGGUUCUGUGCCGGACACGUCUGAAAGAGUAUGAGCAGUGCAUAGACACACUGCUAGAGAGGUGCCCAGAGGCGGUCGUUCCAUAUGCUAAUCAUGAACUGAAAGAAGAGAAUCGGAUUUUGUGGUGGAAAAAACUGCUGCCUGAACUUUGUCAGAGAAUAAAAUGUGGUGGAGAGAAAUAUCAACUUUACCUGUCAUCAUUAAAAGCAUUUGAUGAAUAUUUUCUCAGCAUGCUAGAGGAUUUGAGGUACUCUUAAGGAUUUAAGAUCUUGACUUUGUUCUUGAAGUUAUAAUCUGUUAGCCUCUCACUAGUUGGCAGCAGAGAAUUGGGUAGUGGCAAGACUUUUUUUUUUGUUGGCUUUAUAAUCACUGUGCGCUGGCCCCCAAACUCAGUAUUUUUUUGUGUAGUAUACUUCUUAUAGGUACCACAGUUAGGCUAAAUAAACUGGUUUGGUAGGAAAGCAUUGGUAAUUCAUGUUUUUCCAUGUAGGUUUUACAAACUAGUUAGUAGUUAUUAUUAAGGUUCUAUUAUAUAUCAGAUGUGAAUCACUGUAUCUGAAUUCUCAAAGGCCUCUAGAAGCUAGCAAAUGGUACCACUACAUUAUAGAUAAGGAAAUUAGUACUCAGGAGGUUAAGGACUUUCUUAAAGUCACCCAGAGAGUAGAUAGAAGAGUCUGAUCCCUGCCCAAGUCUGUCUGAUUCCAGAGCUAGGGAUCUUUUCCAUACAUCACUGCUGCUACAUUCAUUAACUUUUAGCAGCAAGCACUUGUCAGUCCUUUAUGUAAAGGGCAAUUAGGUUGCUGAAUAUUGGACAGAUAACUUUGGGUGGAUGCACACACACACAUGACUAGAUUUACUUCAGUCACUCGGCAAAUAGAGUAAGUGGUGGACAUGCGAAGAUCACACAGGGAGUAGCACUGAAGUAUGUUUAUUGGGGAACAUUGUUCUUAGGUGUCACCCCUUCUCCUCCCAGCAGAAGGCAGCAUGUAUUCAUUCAUAAGCAAUAGAAUCAUAAAAUUGCAUAGUUAUCUUUUCCAAAAAUGUUUGCUAAAUUCUUAAUAUAAUAUGUUAACAAAAGCUUAUUACUUUUCAGUUUGGAAAAAAAAAGAUAAAUGGUCAUAAAAACAGUUUAUGCUUAUUAAUAACAUGAAAAUUUCAGCAAGGAACUAAUUUAGGAAAAUGUUAGCCAACAAUUAAUAGUAUUUCUUGUCCUAGCAAAUAAUG